GAGAGAGGUGCCAUGUGCUUCCUGUCUACACGCCAUUCACCUCCCCGGGAUCCAGCGGGAUGGAGGUCCUGUCUGCUGCUGCACUCAGAUAAACUGAAAUAAAGACUCCAGCUCAGAGUUCCUGCUGUCAGACCGUUUUGUCUGUGGCAUCAUCAUUCUCUGGACUCACCGGGCCUGCAUUUAUAUCACUUUAUUCAUAUUAAUUAUAUUUUAUUUUUCAUCCCAAACCCUGUUGGAGUGAGUCGUCUUUUAAGGAGAGAAAGGCUUCCAGGGAUGGAGUCGAUUCCCGGACAGCUUCGAGACGCGGGACGAGACGCCAGCUCUUCCCCCAGCUUAAAGCAGGACUCACCGAGCUUCUCCGGCCCCAGCUCCCUCAAACCAAACCAAGUGAGUGAGACCUCCUUGUACGGGGUGCCCAUCGUAUGCCUGGUCAUAGACGGUAAGGAGAGACUGUGCCUGGCGCAGAUUUCUAACACCCUGCUGAAAAACUACAGCUACAACGAGAUACACAACCGUCGGGUCGCUUUGGGCAUCACCUGUGUGCAGUGCACCCCCGUCCAGCUGGAGCUCCUGCGGCGCGCCGGGGCCAUGCCCAUCUCCUCCAGGCGCUGCGGCAUGAUCACCAAACGGGAGGCCGAGAGGCUCUGCAAGUCCUUCCUGGGAGCGCACAGCCCCCCAAAGCUCCCGGAAAAUUUCGCAUUUGACGUGUCUCAUGAAUGCGCCUGGGGCUCCAGAGGCAGCUUCAUCCCCGCCAGAUACAACAGCUCCAGAGCCAAGUGCAUCAAGUGCAGCUUUUGUAACAUGUAUUUCUCCCCGAAUAAAUUCAUUUUCCACUCUCACCGCACCGCAGAGUCCAAGUAUCUGCAGCCGGACGCGGCCAACUUCAACUCGUGGAGACGCCACCUGAAACUGACGGAUAAAAAACAGUCUGAGGACAUUCACCACGCGUGGGAGGAUGUAAAGGCCAUGUUCAACGGGGGGAGCAGAAAGAGGACUCUGCCCAUGAACGGGUCAGGGAUGUCCUCGUCGAUGAAAUCACAGGCCUCGUCCUCUUUGGCCCAAACCAGCUCCCCUGAGAUCCCUCAAAAAACUUUACGGUGCGAUGAGGAUCAGGGAAAUAAUAACCUGAGUUUGGCGAGCGGCGCACGGACCUACCCAGUCAUCCCAGUGCCCAGCAAGAACUUUGGCAUGCUCCAGAAAAUCCCCCCACCUCUGUUCCCCCACCACCCCUACGGCUUCCCCAGCUAUGGGCUGUGUCAGAAAAAGAGCGAUGGUGUGCCUGACGCGAACAAAACCAAUGUCUCGGGUGUGUUUUGGCCUGGCGCAAAGGACGCCCUCUACCCUGCUUUCCCCAUGUUCUGGCCUACAGCUGGCGGCCUACCAAUGCCACCCUACCCGGGGUCUCCACCAAAACCUCUUCCAGAGCUGCCAGGCGUCCGGCAGGCAGAGCUCGACUUAUCGGACCAAAGCGACCGGGGCGCAAACACACCCAAAGACACCAACCACCACCCUCACCACCAGCAGGACGGCGGAGAGCGCUGCUCCAGCUCCCAGUCCUCCUCCACCAGGAACGACGAGGACAAGUCCGGGGACGAGACCCCUCAGAGGAAAAUCAGCUACAUCUCAGCCUUCAGACCCGUCGUCAAAGACGCGGAGACCAUCGCCAAACUCUACGGCAACCGGGACAGCUACGGCGUGCGCCCUGGCUACCUGUCCCCGGAUUUUAUCAGCGAGAGCUCCAGCUAUAGGUCGAUAUCACCGGACAGGGACAGCGUGGUGGACGACGACGACGAUGACCCGGACGUGGAUGUGGAGUCCAACCGGGGACAAGACGAGGAGGAGCCGAUUCAGAUCUCACCGGGAGGAGACCACCACGGCUCCCCAGUGCCGGACCAGGUCUCCUCGGCUGCUGAGGAGAGACAAGAGCAGCCUGAUGCCUCCAGCCCCGCAGCAGCAGCAGCAGCAGCGUCACCGGAGGACACCGUGCACACUGGGUCAUCAGAUGAGGACAGACGGAUGCGUAAUGGCUCUCCUCUUCAUGAAGUGUACGCUCAUGAAAAGGACGGACACGUGCUCCUGAGCGAGCCUCCGACGUCGUUUGGAUCCAAACACUCGAGCAGCCCCCGCAGAUCCAACGGUGUUCACCACGUGUCUGAAAUACAGAGCCAACGCAACGCAACGUACCAGGAGCAGAAGGACAGACAAGCCGAUGGAGCUUUACGCAUCGAUAUCAGCGUGCAUGAAAGGGAUCUGGAGAACAUGGCGAAAGAGGAAUUACAGAAGCAGCUUGUGGAGCAAGUGGAGUUGAGGAAAAAGUUGGAGAGAGAAUUUCAGCAUUUGAAAGAUAAUUUUCAGGAUCAAAUGAAGCGUGAGCUGUCCUACAGAGAGGAAAUGGUCCAGCAGCUGCAGAUUGUUCGAGAAGCUCAUGACGCCCUUCACCAUUUCUCCUGCAAGAUGCUCACCCCUCGUCAGUGCACCGGAGCCUGCACCUUCAAACCUCCGUUGCUGCCUCCCUAGUGCCCGGCACGACCCCUGCACCUGACCUCAGCACAGCCAAAAAAAAAACAAAAAAAAAAAAAACACACUCACUGGUCCGCCUCGAGAGCUCUCAUGUGUUCACCUCCCACCUGUAACCCGAGGAUUACCAGCCUGCUGUAUAGAUACACCACUGAUUUUAGCACUUGAGCGAAGACUCGGAGAAGGUUUCGGCAGCGACCUCUCCGCCCUGAAAAACUGAACUCUUGACUUAAAGAGAUCUUAAGUUCAUUUUAUGUUGUGAGUCGAAGGAUUGUUGAUCUGAAGCUGCAAAGCUCAAACCAAGGAGUCUCUCUGAAUCAAAGUCGUCUGCUCUUUAGCUACUCUGAGAAUAAGAAACAACACUAUAUACAUAUACAUAUAUAUAUAUAACACGUGACGAUGUGCAAUGGCUCGUAU